GUAAUGUAUCAGUGUGAACUCACUAAACAAACAGCAAUGUUCUCCAAAAUACUCGCUUUGUGCGCCUUUGUGGCGGCAGCCCAGGCUGGCCUUAUUGCUGAGCCCCACUACUCCCACGCUGGUGCCGUCUCAUCUCAAAGCAUCGUGCGUCACGAUGAGCAGCCCCAUCACUCCGCUAAGCUGAUCGCCGCCCCCGUCGCCUACCACGCCGCUCCCGCUCCCAUCGCCUACCACGCCGCUCCCGCCCCCGUCGCUUACCAUGCUGCUCCUGCCCAGGCUCACUACUCCUCUGCCGGUGCUGUGUCCUCCCAGAGCAUCGUCCGCCACGACGAGCAGUCCCAUCAUGGCACCAAGCUGAUCGCCGCUCCCGUCGCUAAAGUCGCCGUGGCUGCCCCCAUCUCCUACCACGCCGCGCCCGCACACUACGCUGCCAGCCCCGUCCACUACGCCGCCCCUAUCGCCAAGGUGCUCGCGCCCGCCCCCAAGCUGAUCGUCUCCGCCCACCAUCAAGAGGAGGAAUACGCUCACCCCAAAUACGAGUACUCUUACUCCGUGGCUGAUGGACACACCGGCGACAACAAGUCGCAGCACGAGUCCCGCGACGGCGACGCCGUGCACGGCGAGUACUCGCUGCUGGAGGCCGACGGCUCCGUGCGCAAGGUGCAGUACUCCGCCGACGACCACAACGGGUUCAACGCGGUGGUGAGCCACUCCGCGCCCGCGCACGCCGCGCACCACUAA